UAUACAUAUCCUUUAACAUUCUUCUCUUAUAAUUUCUGAGUAGCACCCAUCAAAACUGCUCAUAAACAUGGUUUUGCAUGGUAAAAUUGGGACUGAAAUAGAAAUUAAGGCACCAGCUGACAAGUUGUACAACAUGUUCAAGAGCGCCCACCUCAUCCCAAACAUCUCUAAUACCCAUAUCAAAGGAGUUGAUGUGCAUGAAGGAGAUUGGGAAACACACGGCUCUGUUAAGAUUUGGAAAUAUGAACUAGGGGAUCAUGUCGGGAUAUUCAAGGAACAGGUGGAGCUAGACGAUGAGAACAAGGCUGCAACUCUGAAAGGAUUGGAAGGAGAAGUGUUCAAGUAUUAUAAGAGCUUCAAGGGUGUCUAUAAAUUCACUCAAAAAGAUGAAGGCACCUGCAUUGCCAACCUGUGGAUCGAAUACGAGAAACUGAAUGAGAAUGUUGAAGCUCCAGAUAGAUAUGUCGGUUUGAUGGUUAAACUCGUCCAGGAUCUUGACGCUCACCUUCUGGGAGCAUAAAUUAAUUAAUUAAUGAAUAAAAACCAUACGUCAUAUGCAACGGUUGGAAAGAGCUUUUGCUGGUCUUGUUAAAAAGGGUUCAAUUAUAUGUAAUCAUGCAUGCAUAUGUUCAUCAAUGCGUACCUACUUAAAUAAAAUGCUUUUCUUAAUUAGGUUUGUGUGUAUUGUAAAAGAUGUACGAAGGAUGUCAUAUAUGACAUUGUGAUGUAAUAGAUUAUGGUUGUCGAUCGCAUCUAUAAAAUAAAAUGUGGUGUACUCUACAAUAUUUGUCCAA